AGCUGUCUCGCAGUCAUGUACAUUCGUGCGAAAGUAAACCGUAUUGACCAGACUGAAAGCGUCGCAUCUCGAGACAUUUCUGGCCUUGAUCCGGAUCAAACUAUCGGCAAUAUAGUUCCCCAGCUACUGAAGACAGGUGAGAACUUGGAUGGUCUGUAUAUCACAUGUGUAUACUGCGGAGAGGUGCUGGAUCUGGAAAAGGCUUUGGGUGAAUGCGAGAUUGAUUCCCUCUCGAUCUUACAAUUUUUCAUCUAGCCCCAAACCAGCAU